AUGUCUGUUCCCGUCGAAAAGCAGAAGGUCCUGGGCAUGCCGCCCUUCGUGGCCGACUUCCUUAUGGGAGGUGUCUCCGCCGCUGUCUCCAAGACUGCUGCUGCUCCCAUUGAGCGUAUCAAGCUUCUCAUCCAGAACCAGGAUGAGAUGCUUAAGCAGGGUCGUCUCGACCGCAAGUACGACGGUAUCGUCGACUGCUUCAAGCGCACCGCCGCCGAUGAGGGUGUUAUGUCCCUGUGGCGUGGCAACACUGCCAACGUCAUCCGUUACUUCCCUACCCAGGCCCUGAACUUCGCUUUCCGCGACAAGUUCAAGCAGAUGUUCGGCUUCAAGAAGGACCGUGACGGAUACGCCUGGUGGAUGGCCGGCAACCUGGCCUCCGGUGGUGCUGCCGGUGCCACUUCCCUGCUCUUCGUCUACUCCCUCGACUACGCCCGUACCCGUCUGGCCAACGACGCCAAGUCCGCCAAGAAGGGUGGUGAGCGCCAGUUCAACGGUCUCGUUGAUGUCUACCGCAAGACCCUCGCCUCUGACGGUAUUGCCGGUCUCUACCGUGGUUUCAUGCCCUCCGUUGCUGGUAUCGUCGUCUACCGUGGUCUGUACUUCGGAAUGUACGACUCCCUCAAGCCCGUCGUCCUUACCGGAAACCUCGCCAACAACUUCCUUGCCUCUUUCGCCCUUGGAUGGCUCGUCACCACCGGUGCCGGUAUCGCCUCUUACCCCCUUGACACCAUCCGUCGUCGCAUGAUGAUGACCUCUGGUGAGGCCGUCAAGUACAAGUCUUCCUUCGACGCUGGCAAGCAGAUCGUCGCCAAGGAGGGUGUCAAGUCUCUCUUCAAGGGUGCCGGUGCCAACAUCCUUCGUGGUGUUGCCGGUGCUGGUGUCCUGUCCAUCUACGACCAGCUCCAGGUCCUGCUCUUCGGCAAGGCCUUCAAGGGUGGCUCUGGCUAA